UAACCUAUGAUCUGAUUUACGCCAGUAAAUGGAAAGAGUGUGUGUUCAUCUCGGGGGUCGCAUUUUGCGCACGCUCCGUUCUGCAGCGAGAGCACGCAGACGAACGUGGUUGGAGUAUCACCACCGGGGGACAAGUAUCACCACUAGCGAAUUCGUGGAAGCUAACGGCGAUCACGUCUGAACCCUCCGUGAAACUGAUAAACGCAUUCAUUCCGGCUGGCCGAAUGAGGUUUUAAGGUGAGAGAACGGUGCAACGCGUGUCGGGCGAGGAAUGCGUAAGGAAAGCUUUCUAGAGGUCCCCGAGAUCCUUCUCUUUAAUCCGCGACAGAGCAUGAAACUUAAAAGCCAGACCCGUGAUAUGCGUCUCAAAGACGAUGGUCCAACGUGAGUUGACUGACUUGAAGCACUUAGAAACAAAGCAUACUUGUGAUAGAAGACUAGUAACCGUUCCAUCGAGUUUGUUGGUCUGGUGGUUCUGUCCAACACGCUAUUGGUUAUUCCAACUAGGGAAGCGCCCUGCGCAUGCGCGGACGUCCUUUCCCCCACCCUACGAUCGUCAAGCGAAUUAGCGGAAACGUCUGGUAACUGGAAGUAAAAAGAGAGGACCGACCGGUGAAACGAUGCCGCAGGCACGCUGGUGGAACGCUGUUAUCGCGAGCAGUCGGCCUAGGACGUGGGAACAACUGACUGCUUCCGGGGGGUCAGGGACGUCGAGAGGCAGAACAUCUGCACGUUUGACGGCUACUGAGUCGGUAGUCCACCGGCCGGCUUCCGACAGAAUACAUUGUCGCGGCAUGGCGAGUGGUCCACCUGGGAGUAAGGUCCUCACCGAGGACAAUGUCUUCACCAACCUUCGAAAAAUGGAAUAUGCAGUGCGUGGUCCUCUCCUUCUGCGCGCUCUCGAGAUCGAGAAGGAACUCCAAAAGGGAGCUAAAAAGCCAUUCAAGGAGGUGAUAAAAGCGAACGUGGGGGAUGCACACGCUAUGGGCCAGCAGCCUAUCACCUUCUUGAGGCAAGUACUGACCUUGACGGUGUCGCCAAACCUUCUCAAUGAUCCUAGUUAUCCCGAGGACGCGAAAGAACGAGCCAGGACUAUAUUGUGCCAGUGUAAAGGAGGCAGCGUUGGUUCGUACUCGGAAUCGGCGGGAAUCGAGGUCAUCCGGAAACAUGCUGCGCAAUACAUUCAAGAUCGUGAUGGGAUUCCCUCUGAUUAUCAUAACAUCAUCCUCUCGAACGGCGCCUCAGAUGGAAUCAAAUCUUUUCUGAAACUGUUCAAUGAGAAAGUAGAUGGAAAACCAUCGGGGGUGAUGAUCCCAAUUCCACAAUACCCUCUAUACUCUGCCACUCUGGCUGAAUUUGGCUUGGCCCAAAUUGGUUACUAUCUCAAUGAGGAGAACAAGUGGGCGUUGGAUAUUUCCGAAUUAGAUAGAGCAUUAAGUGAAUCAAGGAGAAUAUGUAACCCUCGUGUGUUGGUCGUAAUAAAUCCUGGUAAUCCAACUGGACAAGUCCUUACGCGGACCAAUAUCGAAGAUAUCAUCCGGUUCGCCUAUAAAAACCAUUUGUUCCUAUUGGCUGACGAAGUUUAUCAGGAUAAUGUUUAUGAUAAAGACAGUGCCUUCCACUCGUUCAAGAAGGUGAUGACAGAGAUGGGAGAACCUUACUGUAAAAUGGAGCUGGCUUCAUUCAUGUCUGUAUCUAAAGGUUACAUGGGAGAAUGUGGAAUCCGCGGCGGGUACGGGGAAUUUGUCAACAUGGAUCCUAAAGUAAUGGCGAUAUUGUUAAAGUCGAUCUCAGCGAUGCUGUGUCCUACUGUUCUUGGUCAGGUAGUGAUGGAUGUUGUGGUAAAUCCCCCAAAACCGAAUGAGCCAUCCUAUCAAUUGUUUGAAAAGGAAAAGCAGCACACUUUAUGCUCUUUAGCAGAGAGAUCUCAGUUGGUAGUUGAUACUUUAAAUAGCAUUCCAGGUUUUAAGGUUAACCCAGCUAUGGGUGCAAUGUACGUAUUUCCGCGAAUCGAAUUGCCCAAAAAAGCCAUAGCAGCAGCGGAGAAAGAAGGUCAACAACCUGAUGUCUUCUACGCGUUUAAACUAUUGGAGUCUACCGGAAUCUGCGUAAUACCGGGUUCCGGUUUUGGACAGCGACCUGGAACCUAUCACUUCAGAACGACUAUCUUGCCACAAAAGGAAAAAAUGAAAAUGAUGCUCGAGAGUCUAAAGCAAUUUCACAUUAGAUUCCUCGAAGAGUACAAAUAAUGAAUAUAAUGGAAAUUUUCAUGCAUUUUAUUUCAUCCUGAACGUGUCAGGGUUAUGGAUAUCAUACGGCAGUAUUAAAUUUCCAUAAAAUUGUCACAAAUUUAUUCGGAGGAAUUUUCAAAUGUAUAUUAUUUUGCAUUUUCCAACGAAGAAAUAUUAUAAAAUGAAUUUAUAGAAUUAUAUUAGAUCUGUUGUGUCUGGCACCGAAGGGAUUAUAUGAUUCUAUGUAAAUGUAUUAUCUACACGAAAUGAAAUUCACAAUUCAUCGAAUACUUGUAUAUAGUAUAUUGUAGUUACGUUUGAAAGAUCGUACGACAUAGAAUCGAUGAGCUUAUUAUUUCACAACCGUUGGAAUGUAUGGUGGGUGUUUGUACGUGUGUACUAUAAUUCGCGGAUAACUGACAAUGUUUUUUAUAAUACAACGAUAUUGCCAGAUUACAUUGCAAACAAAUUAUAUUGAAAACUUGCAUUGAACAGACUAUAACUUGUUUAGAGGUCUAGAGAAAUAAAUUGUUAACGUAUAAGCAGGAUAUACGUAUAUGUAGAUGAACCUGAAAAUGAAGUUCACCCACCAGAGAAGAUUUAUGUGUUCACAUUUGUCAAAGAUCCUCGACGUUAAUAAAAAAAAAAAGUUCAGCAUACUGAAUAUUUUAGUAAUUAAUACUGACACGUAAACAAAAUACGUAA